AUGGCCGGUGAGCUGUAGCCACUGCUGACAUCCUCUUCCUUUCCCCUCCUUGUGCCCUUCUCGCUCUCUGCCUCGUCCUCGUCCUCGUCCUCGUCCUCGUCCCCGACCUGUCUGUCAUCCGCUCGCUGGCUGUUCCGUCGUCGUCGUUUCGCGCGCGCGCUCUGCCAAUCCGACGCUCGACGCUGGACUCUCGCCCUGGCCCGCCCGCCGUCGUCGCCCAUCGCCCAUCGCCCCGUCGUCAAACCCUUCGUCACCGCGCUGUUGCGAACCCACCGCACGCAUUGGACGAUCCUUCAUCCAUCACCGAAUGGCUUGACGACCCCGAUCAUCGUCCUCGCAUUCGGCUGUCGUUCCGAUCGGACCCUCGUGCACUCGAUUGGCUGCGUUCGUUGCGUCCUUGCGCCGCGCCUGCCUGGGCCAUUUUCGACUCGGCCGGCUCACUCACUCGUGAUCCUCCGAUCGCUACCGCCAUCUACGCACGCGCACUAUCCCUACCCGAUCACCACGCCAUGUUCCGCAAUUUUCCCUUCACCGUCAACAGGAUUGUACGCCAAGGGACGUGUGACCGGUAACCAGCGAGGCAAGCGCAACGUGCGAGUCAGCACCUCGCUCGUCCAGAUCGAGGGCGUCGCCAACAAGGAGGAGGCGCAGUUCUACUUGGGCAAGGUCAGUACAUGAUUUUCAUUGCUCAUUGCUGUUGUUGAUGCCGAGAGGAGGGGGGGGGGGGUCGAUGGGGUAGAGAGGCCACCGGGCAUGGGGGCGUCAGGUUGGUGGAAACGACUAGCGUUUGCGAGGCUAGAGGCGACGAGAUGCGGAGGUGUACACACUGUAGCUGGGGAUGGAGGAGAGGGGGCGAAACGAGAUUGAAGACAGCACAUAUCCAUGCAGUGAUACCGAACACGACCACUGACGCCCUUUGCGCUUUCGUUUCCCCAACACAGCGCGUCGCAUACGUCUACACCGCUACCCGACCAAUUAACGGAUCCAAGAUCCGCAUCAUCUGGGGCAAGGUCACCCGCUCGCACGGCAACUCGGGCAUGGUUCGCGCUCAAUUCCGUCGUAAGUAGUCGCGGCGCUCGCAAGAAGAGGCAGCAAACCAAAUAAGCUGAUCUCUUCCCCUUCCCCGAUGGCCAUCUACAGAAAACCUUCCCGCCAAGUCUUUCGGCCACUCUGUUCGCGUCAUGCUUUACCCCUCCAACAUCUAA